GACAGCACUGACCCCUCUGUUCUAGGUGUGACAAUGUCUCUGGACAGGCGGUGGCUGCUGCUUCUCGCCCUCCUCACCCUUCCUGUACACACUGGGGCUUUUUUUGGCUGGUUCACCCGCAAGCCCUCAAGCCGGCCCACCACGCCCCAUAAGGAAACGAAUCCGGACCCCAAGUCUCUCCCCAAUGCCCCGUUUGAGAUGACCACAGCGGACGACCAGUUUCUGGCUGAAGCACGACAGUUGGAGCUCUCCCCGCUGGACAGCUGUCACUAUAAGGUUGUGAGUCUUCUGAGAGCGUCGUGUACGGAGAUGUCUGAGGAAGAGAUUGCUAAACUCGGGGUGACGCUGUUUAACUGCCAGGCGGAGGUAGAGGGGCGUAAGACGUACCCCUGCACUGAGGAUAUGACACUUGCAGAGUGCACGGCACCCAUGGACCCAGACACCUGGAACGCUUAUCAUAUUGUCAGCAACCGGGCACGCUCAGUCUGCUACGCCGCCCGACAGCUUCACUUCCGCCGCCGGACAGAGCUCACAGUCAACACGCUGGUGUCAACAGCCAUGGGUCAACUGGAGGCCAUGAAAAUGCUGAAGGACGGACAGGAGGAGCUGAAGGAGCUGACCUCGGAGUCCCUACAGAAGGUCCUCAGUAGCCAGAAGGACCUGUUAUCCCAACAGGAGCAGCUGCAGAAUAACCAGGAGGAGAUGGAGACCUCCAUCAGCGGUAACCUGGAGAUGCUGGCGGAGGAGAAGGCGCUGAUUGCCAGUGGGCACCACCUGGUGGCACAGAUGAUAGAAGGAAUCGCCCAGAAGAUGGAGAACGUCAGCGGUCAUCUACUGGAGCAGGACGCAGAGGUGCAGGAGGGACACCGAACCAUUCUGGCUGACCUUUCCGAGGUCCGGGCCCGAUCCCACGAAGUCUACUCCAAAAUUGAGUCCAACCUGGCGCUCUUCCUGUCGUACCAGAACAAAAGUGCGCAGUACUUUGAUGUCCUUAUGGAGAAGCUGCAGCGGAUGAACCAGAGUCUGGGUACCGUGCUCUAUGCCAUGGACCACAUGCACCGGAGCGUGGAGGAGCGGCUGAGCUACAUCCAGGCCUUCGUCAGCUGGGCAGGCGGUAACCUGAACGCCAUCUACACGUGCGUACUACACGGCGCCUACUUCCUUCUCCUGGCUCUGCUGAUGACUUUCCUGCAGACUCCCGGCUUCCCUCGCGCAGUUCUGCUUAUCCUGAUCGUGGCGAACGCCCUGUCUGAGCUCAACCACCGCGCCUCGCUGGGAUUCCAAUCGCUGACGGCGCUACUGGUGUGUACGGUCAUCGGUCACUGGGCUCUGGUGAACGGUCUCCGAGGCCUUGUAAAGGUGAAGAACAGGAUGGCCUGUGCCGCGCUGCCCCCUCCGCCACCUGCCCCUGUAUCACCGGCUUACACAGAGAAGAAGAAGCGGUUUUCCACCCCGGAGAGGAUGGGGGAGGAGACUCUGCUGGAGGAGGAGCUGCGGAAGCUGGCGGAUGACGCUUAUACAGACGAUGAUUCUCUGUUGGGACACAAGUCUCUGGUUAAGGACACAUCUGUGAUGGCGUCACCCGCACCUCUGGACUGGAAGAGGCAGCACAGUCUGAGGACCCCCAGCCAGUCCACGCCGGCCAUGAAACUGCGCCGGCUCAGUAUCAGCAAAGCUGUCCAAGGACACGACAGUCCCCUAAAGCUGCAGGUGGGGCUGAACACUUCCAGGCGGCACUUGGGCACAGCGUUUGAUGCUCUGUCGGAUUCCGUAAAUUACAGCACGAACAAUUCACUGUCCAGUAACCUCUCAGUCUCUUCAGUGUCCCCUCGGCAGUUCUGCCAGGCAAUAACCAGAGCCGGCCUGCCGUGCCGGAACAAGGCCAGCGGGUGCCAGGAGUUCUGCCGGGUCCACGCAUCGGGGGAGUCGUCAUACGCCGCGCCGUGAGCCUGCAGUGCGGAUCUGGACGCUGCUUCAUAGUGACAAUCUGGUGCCCGGUCACCGCGCCAGAUGCUGAUGAAGCAGCGUUACUCUCAUUGUACCGGUAGCUGUGUAACGCUGUAGUGUAUAAUGGUGUAUAUUGCCCACGUCAGUCUGUGCCUGGGAAGGAAGCGCCUCUGCGGUCUGCACUAGAGGACGAGGGAUGUUCUCUGUAUGUCUCCGGUGCACCGUCCCAGGCCAACCGGCUAAUACUCGGCAAUGGUGCCUCUGGUAUAUACAUGGGGAGCAUUACGUAUAUACUAUAGGAACUGUAUAGAUAGUGGGAGGAAGUACUGCUCAUAGGUUCCCCUCACUUCUUGGUUCAUGAAGCUGUAAGACGACGGCUCUCCACCGGGCUGUGGGUUCCCCUCCAACUGUGUAAUUUUAUUGGUGAUUAUUUUAUUUUGCUUUUAUAUAUUGAAUUGUACAAUUUUACUCGUCUCAUUGUGAUACUUGGCAGAAACGUUGUUACAGGUCUUUUUUGUAAUAAACCAGAACAUAAUCUUUG